CUGCCAACACUCCCAGAACUGCCUGUAUUUACACCCAUGCACAACAUUCAAGGACUCCAUAGAGGUUAUGUAAUGUUACCACCUGAUAUACAACUAGAUAAUAAUGUUAACAUACUUGCAUUAUUCAAGUUGUUCUUCACUGAUGAACAACUACAAAUGAUUGUCGAAAGUACUAAUGAAUAUGAACAAAUAAAAGGCGUUGAAGGUGGUCGUCCUUGGUACCUGUUGACAUUAAAUGAACUAAAAAUCUGGUUUGCUUUAGUGAUUUACAUGGGAGUUCAUAAAAUCUAUGCUGUUGAGGAUUUGUGGAAUUCAAAUGAAAAGAGAGCAAUUCAUAGCAUUAAAGAGUACAUGACUUUAUUGAGAUUCCAACAGAUAAAACGAUUCCUUCAUAUUUCUAAACCAAAUGAACCACACUUAUGCUGGUAUUCUAAAGUAGAACCCUUAGCAUCACAUAUUCGAGAAGUAAGCAAACAAUUGUAUUUUCCUAGUUCACAAGUAUCUGUAGAUGAGAUGAUUGCCCGUUUCUCUGGUCGUAGUGCACAUACAGAUAUGCAAAUAACACCUGUUGUUGGACUUAGUAAAACAGGAGGUUCUGUUUGGCACUUGGUAAAACAACUUCCUCAUCACAAAACCUUUCAUGUAUACAUGGACAAUUAUUUCUCCAGUAUUCCACUGUUUAAAUAUAUGCGUGAUAAUGGUUUAGGUGCAUGUGGGACUGUCCGUACUAACUCAUCUAAAUUCCCUAAAGAAUUAAAAAUAAACAAGGGGAUAUCUCUAGAUUGGAAUACAAUUUCUGGGAAAGUAGUAGAUGAUGUCUUAGCUAUUGUAUGGGUGGAUAAUAGUCCAGUAACAAUGCUCACUACUAUUCAUGAAAUUGUUGGUGAAGAAUGGAAAAUUAUUCGUAAUAGACGACGGCCAAGAGAAACAAGUUCCAAUGCUAGUACAGUGCAUAGAGUUUUUGGUAAUGCUUCAAGGAAAGAAUUAUCAAUCCCAAAGGUGAUUGAUGAUUACAACCAUUACAUGGGAGGUGUUGAUAUUGCUGAUCAACUUAGAGAUACUGUGCUUGUGAAUUGUUCCCUUCUUUACAACAAGGUUGUAAAUGAGAAUGUUAAGAGCAAAAGUUUCAGAAUUGACUUAGUAUGGGGACUCAUUAAAGAUGUCAUGGAUAAUGAUAAUAGUAUUAGUACCAGAUCAACGUCUACUACUACCUGUUUAUAUGAUAAUGAAGAAUCAUUUUUUCCUCAGACUAAGACCAAAUCAAAAG